AACAAGCAAACUAAUUGACUGCUAAUGAGAUAAAUAUACCGUAAGAACAUGUUUGGCUGAUAAAAAUAAUGAGAAUUAAUUAUGCGCCUUAUCAAUUAGUGCAUACUGUUCUACGAAACUGUUAAAUGUUAAGGUGGCUAAUUGAUAUUGACAAUGGUAAUUGACAAAUUGAAGCGAAAUGAUCACCUCCUGGUUUGAUAUAUAAGUGCAAUGCAAAAUGCAGACUACAGAACCAUACCAUAUUCUAUUGUGCAAUGAUGGGUAAGGGAUUUAUUGUCACUAUAUUCUUUACAGUUUCAAUCGCAGCUACAGUAAUCGGGGAUUAUUACACACCCAGUGAGGAAGUUGGUCGUAGGCUGUCUAAUUAUGAUCCACAGGUUGACAAACAGUUCCCUUUCGAGUAUGGCCUGGGUACCUAUUAUCAAGGCGAUAUAAUGCUCGUUCCGCCAGCAAACGGGCGCGUGUCCAUUCCGGAUACGUUGACUUCAUAUAUAUGGCCAAACGGAACAGUGCCAUACGAAAUUACUGGCAACUUUUCCAACUCUGAGUUAAGUACUAUUCAAUCUGCAAUGAACAUGUUCAAACGCUAUACAUGUGUCCGAUUUGUCAAACGGACUGAGAAUGAUUCAUUAUUUGUCUCAAUUGUUAACAAUAAUACGGGUUGUUAUUCGUAUAUCGGAAGACAGACCAACAAUCAGUAUAAUCUUAUAAACCUCCAAACUCCGCAAUGUUUAAUGGCUGUCGGAACGCCAGUUCAUGAAAUGAUGCAUGCAUUAGGUUUUUACCAUGAAUUUGUACGCCCAGAUAGAGAUGAAUACAUCCGUAUCAACAGAAGUGCACUUCUACCAGAACUUCAAGCUGAUAACGUGUUUGACACCAAUUUUGGAAAGUUACGGCCUGAAGACGGUCAAACAUAUAAUAUUUCAUACAAUUAUGGCAGCGUUAUGCACUAUUCUCGUUAUGCUGGAGCACAGAGUCGAAAGUAUCCAGUACUUAUUAACAAGAGACCAUGGGUCGGAGAUUUUGGCAAUGACAACGGUUUUGCUACAACUGAUGUGUUGGAAAUCAACCUGCGGUACAAAUGUUCGACGACCAAUAUAUCGCCAAGUCCUGGGGCAUCUUGGUUUGGCUAAAUGUGUGAAUCCAUACUAAUCAUAAAAUUACGAUAACAGGCUGCUCAAUCACAUGUAAUGUUAUAGAAUAGUAAACUUUACUGAAUCGUAGUUUGUAUACUAGAAAAAAGCAUUAUCCAUUGCACUCAAUUAAAUUCCCUGCAUCAUAGACGAAUUUGUAGAAGUAAUG